AUGGUGCGCGUGUGGCUCCGCCCCUGCGUGUCUGCGAUCACUGCACUCGGCCGUCGUGGCGGUCCGACGAUCGCUGGGCUGCGGGUCCAGACUUCACGCUCAUUGGCUGGAUACAAUGAUUCGGGUCUUGUGAUUGGUGGUAUUCGCUCGAUGGGUACAAAAGGCAAAGACGAUGGCAAGAAAGAGUUCAAGAAAAAGUCGACGUUUGACAAGGUGGAGGUGGACGACGAGGACCUGGCCGAGCUGCCGGAUGAGGUGAAAUACCUGAGUCAGGAGCUGGACAAGGAGAUGUUUACGGUCGUGGAAGACGACGAGGACGAGGACGAAGAGGAGGAGGAGGAGGAAGAGGACGCAGAACUGAGUCCUGCCGAGUGGGCCAACAAGUUUGAGCGAGAGGUGGCCGAGUGGGACCAGGAGGAGCGAAACGCUGAUGAGGAGGACGGCGAGUACGUUACUGGGGCUACGGACGUUGAAGACGACCGGCUGUAUGUUGAGAUGCCCGGGUACGACGCGUCGCUGAGCCUCGCGGAGAGUCAGAUUGGAGUGAGCGAAGAUACGAACGUUCCUGAUCCAUUCCAGCACUGGGACCAGGGCAUGGCUAUUGCGCCCGAGAUGCUGAACUGGAUGUUGCCCGCGGAGAAGAGGAAGCCGUUCAAGAAGGACAAGACGAAGCCAUGGAAGUACUUUGUGGCGGCCAACCAUCCCGACGUGGUGGAACUGGCGCUUGACGUGGAUCUGCUGCGUCUCUUUAUCUCGCCCACGGGACGCAUCCGUCCUCGCCGGUUCACCGGUCUGACUGCCAAGCAGCAGCGCAGAUUGGCACAGGCGAUCAAGAUCUCUCGUCAGCUCGCGUUGCUGCCGUACCUGUCGCGGUAUCCCGAGCCCUCUCCGGAGCAGUGGAAGGCUAUCGACGACGAGAUCAUUGCGGCUGCUGAACUGGAGGAAGACAACGACGACGGUACGGACGACGACGACGACGAGGAUGAGGGCUUUGAUGAGGAUUUCGAGUAUGAUUAG